CAUACAUUAGUACCGGUACCCAUUCUUGGUUACUCAGUAAUAUGUUUGGCAACCAUUAGCUUUGAUGACGUAUUCAUGCAGUGAUGUCAUCGGGUUCCACAAUAUCAGCUAAAUGCCAAGUUCCGUAUGCUACAAAUGGUUGAAGAAUGGGAAUCCUAACAGUUGUGCGUCCGUAUUUGAAAUCGCUGUUGACAGGGGGUGCGUUGUUGCUGGUGGUCUUCUAUGUCAUUUCCGGUAGACAGAUGGCGUUCUAUUUUACCCCGGGUGUUGCGAGAGACUUGCACCAGCAUAAUGACCCUCGACCGGGAAAUGACACUUUGACUAUGUCAACGCCCGUUUCCAUGUCUUUGCUACUUCCGACGCUCGGCGCUUCGCUACCGCCGUGGCAUUUUCGGUCACCGCAACCAGCCAUAUUUCAGAACCCGAGGCCACAUACUCCAUCCACAACCGCAUCUGGCGGCUCGCCGGGUGGUUUUUCGCACACAAACCCAGAAGGUUUUUCGCACACAAACCCAGAAGACAUUGUUCUUAUUAGCAAGGAUUCUUCUAUGGUUAGUCAAUUACAUGAUAUGGAACAGAGGCCAAUGCAUUUAAACACAACGUGCUUCAAGGACGUUUUACUCAACGCAACUUAUAAGCGAACGGAACGCGGACGGUUUUUUCAUUCCAAGGUUUACAAUAUCGCAUAUUGCAAGGUGCCAAAAGUUGGGUCCACUUUUUGGACACUGUUAUUCACAACUCUUGACAAUGGAGUCGAUUUUGGCAAGAAGCUUUUGGAAAAGAAACGCAGUUCUCUACACAACGGUCGUUACACGUUUUCUUCCUCAUUCACGUACGUGAAGAGUGCCAAAGUUGCAACAAUUCUCCCGACACGUGAUCCAUAUUCUCGGCUUUUCUCGGCUUUCAUCGACAAGUCAUACUUGCCCAUUAGAAUAAACACAAACUACGCUGUCCUGAGCAUUCAAAAUAAAUCUCUUUGCGCAACUGAUGUUUCUUUUCAAGAAUUUCUCAACUGGAUUUUAAACGAAGCGAAAGUAGGCAAAUCUUUGGAUCAACACUGGGCACCGAUUUAUUCUAUUUGCGGAUCUUGCGAGGUUAACGCUCAGUACAUUGUAAAACAAGAAACAUUUACAAACGACAUCGGCGUCAUAUUGCAGAAGCUGAACGUCUCGUCAGAAAAAUACAACUUCAUAAUGCAUACGCUGGAAGGCAAGCGGAUUCAGUCAUCCUUGCCAGGGAUUGUGGCCACAAUUCUAGAUCGGAGUUCUGCGCCCGAGAUUAACCGGUGUAUGCCAUGGCUGGAGGUCACUCGGAGGAUAUGGCGGUCUUUCCAGAUUCAGGGCUUUAUUCGCGAGGACCGAGGGUACCCGCAAGACACGUUCGAAUCCAUUCGGAACAGCUCGGAUCCGUCACUAGUAUCCGAUAUAAUUUUGGCGGAAAUAUUCAAGUAUACUUUGUCGUCGGAAGAACGUAAAAUACAACGAGAAAACGCGUUACGAAAAGCGUAUGAAGGUGUCAGCAAAGAUGUUGUUGACGUGAUCAAAGACUUGUACAGUGUGGACUUUUCAAUAUACGGUUAUUCUAACAUUCCACCAAAUGAAAGAUAACAUGAUAGAUACAAGUGUCUUUGCGAGAAUCAAAAUAUUAUUUGAUCAUUUUUUAACUGUUUAAGUCAACAUUUGUUAACAAACAGACUUAACGUUUG